CCUCGGCCUCGGGUCUCCCCAGUCUCCACACUCCCCCACUUCCCCAGUCCAGUCCACGGUCCAAACCCUCGAAUCACGCCACCGCCCCACGGCCCCCCCACCCGACCCCACUCCGCGGCGACCGACCCGCUCGCCUCGCCGCCGGGAGGGACCGACGCCCACGUCCAUUCUAGCGGCGGGGAUCCGCGCGAGCCCGAGCCGCCGCCUGAUCCGCGGCGAGAUCGACGGCGGGCUCCGCUCGGGUCGACGACGGGCUGCUUGAGGCGGGGAUUCGGCGGCGGAACGCGGAGGUUAUCUCGCUGAUACUACUCUCCUAUCCCUCUGGGCACCGAGCAGUCAUUGUGAUUUGUGACUAACUAACUCUGGAUGGUGGAAGCAUUCGGGAAGUAGACGACACCAACACCAAGAUGGCUGCGAGGCAUUUCCGCGCUGCGCUUCUCACAGUACUCCUCUGUUCUAUGCUAUGUCAGCUUUGCUAUGGCUCAGUAAGUGACAUUGAAUGCCUGAGAAGGGUGAAAGCAUCAAUUGACCCCAGCAACAAGUUAGACUGGACAUUCAAUAACCACACUGAGGGAUCCAUAUGUGGAUUUAGAGGCGUGGACUGCUGGAAUCCCAAUGAAAACAAGGUUCUUUCUCUUCACCUUGGCAGCAUGGGUCUUAAGGGUGGGUUCCCUGAUGGACUUGAGAAUUGUAGUAGCAUGACUUCAUUGGAUCUCUCAAGCAACAGCCUUACCGGCCCGAUCCCGGCUGAUAUCUCGAAGCAGCUGCAAUACAUUACAAGCCUUGAUCUGUCAUAUAAUAGCUUCUCAGGGGAGAUACCAGAGGCGCUAGCUAACUGUACCUAUCUCAAUGCUGUCAAUUUACAGCAUAACAAAUUGACUGGAACGCUCCCAGGUCAGCUUGCUGCCCUUGGUCGCCUGACACAGUUUAAUGUUGCCGACAAUCAGUUGUCAGGGCAGAUUCCUUCAUCUUUGAGCAAAUUUCCACCCUCCAAUUUUGCAAAUCAGGACCUUUGCGGGAGACCUCUGAGCAAUGAUUGCACUGCCACUUCAAGCGGUCGAACGGGGGUAAUUGUGGGUUCUGCUGUUGGUGGUGCAGUUAUAACUUUAAUAAUUGUUGCUGUUAUUUUGUUCAUUCUCUUACGGAAAAUGCCUGCCAAGAAGAAGGAAAAGGAUGUAGAAGAAAAUAAGUGGGCCAAGAGUAUUAAGGGAGCAAAAGGAGUGAAGGUAUCGAUGUUUGAGAAAUCGGUUUCAAAAAUGAAGUUGAAUGAUCUUAUGAAAGCAACAGGCGAUUUUACAAAGGAAAACAUUAUUGGAACUGGUCGAUCAGGAACUAUGUACAGAGCAAUACUCCCAGAUGGUUCAUUCCUUGCCAUCAAGAGGCUGCAGGACACUCAGCAUUCAGAGAGCCAGUUCACAUCUGAAAUGUCAACACUGGGAAGUGUAAGGCAACGUAACUUAGUCCCUCUUUUGGGAUACUGCAUUGCCAAGAAGGAGAGGCUCUUGGUGUACAAAUACAUGCCCAAGGGUUCUCUUUAUGAUCAUUUACACCAACAAAAUAAUGACACAAAGGCUUUAGAAUGGUCACUAAGGCUAAAAAUUGCCAUUGGGACUGCUAGAGGAUUGGCAUGGCUUCAUCACAGUUGUAAUCCCCGCAUUCUUCAUAGGAACAUUAGUUCCAAGUGCAUAUUGAUCGAUGGUGACUAUGAGCCUAAGAUUUCUGAUUUUGGGUUGGCAAGGCUUAUGAAUCCCAUUGAUACCCACCUGAGCACAUUUGUCAAUGGUGAGUUUGGUGACUUUGGGUAUGUAGCUCCUGAGUAUGCACGCACCCUUGUGGCCACUCCAAAAGGGGAUGUCUAUAGCUUUGGAGUUGUCUUGCUUGAACUUGUUACUGGUGAAGAGCCCACACAUGUGUCAAAUGCCCCAGAGAACUUCAAAGCUAGUUUGGUGGAUUGGAUAACUUACCUAUCAAACAACUCUAUACUUCAGGAUGCAGUUGACAAGUCCUUGAUUGGGAAGGACAACGAUGCUGAGCUGCUUCAAUGCAUGAAGGUUGCAUGCUCUUGUGUGCUUUCUUCUCCGAAGGAAAGGCCUACAAUGUUUGAAGUUUACCAGCUUCUGAGAGCUGUUGGAGAGAAGUAUCAUUUCAGCGCAGCUGAUGAUGAGUUGACAAUGCAACCUCAAAUUGUUGAUCCUGAAGAUGAGCUUAUUGUGGCAAACUAGUUGAAUGGGCAAUUGCUUGUGGGAUACCAAAGAUUGCAGGAGUUGUUGUAACUUGAAUAAUUAGGUCAGUACGAAAGCAUCACUCUGUAUCUUUUCAGCUUCCUGCACUACUGACCAACCAUUAGCAAGCUCUAGGAUAUGCCACUUGGUUGGAACAUUUGUACCAAUUUGUGAUGUUCAUGUUCUGUAUAUCCUUUGCCUUGUAUCUUCGGGACUGGUAUGUCUUGGUUGUAAUAUGUCAAACAAUUUUAGUUGUAUCAUUGUCCUAAUUUUAGUUGUAGCGAUAACUUUAGUAAUGUGAAACAAUGUUGAUCGGUCAUUUGACUGUAGUUUUGUGGCCUUUCAUGUAGCAUUUUUAUUAAUGUUUCAUAUUCCUUCCUA